CCCAUCAAUCUUCUCUUUGCUGCAAGUGGAGAUCUCAAUGAUAUUAUUAUGUCAGUGAAUGGAUUACCACUCGAUUUCAAUCAACCAGUUAAUAUUUGUAUUAAUGAUUAUGCCGAAAGGAUUGUGAUUCGAAAUUUUAUAAUACUUUAUCUGUUUACAAAGCUUGGAAAGAAUGCUAUUGAUAUCGCUAUUCAUAUUUGGUACUCAUCAGCAUUUACUGAAAAGCAAAUGAUUAGAUGCCUUGGAAUAUUUCCUACAGUUUUUCAAGAUGUAUUUGGUUCAGAUUUGUCUGGUUCACAAAUGGCGGAAGAAUAUGAAUUUAAGUGUGGUAAAGUUAAGAUUGGUACGCAUUUUAGUCCAAAGACGUGGAAGUGCCUCGCAGAAAUGGUUGGAAAUAGCGUUGAUCUACAAACAGGUAUAGAGUUGCGCAACGAAAUUAUGUUAGAUCCAGCAC